AUACCUAGCUCAAUGUUUUUUUUAAAACAGAUCACUAUGGUUCCCUUAAAAAUUAGCCAGAGAAAUUUAAACUCAUGACAAAACCUCGAAGAAGUCCCCAUUUUAACAGCUUAUUGCGGCUUAUGAGCAAGACACAGGUGUCUAUCGACAUACAAUCAGCCUUACGACUACUCCCAGGACAUUGAAAACUCCAAAUGAAAUAAGUCCUUGUCCACUGUAGUAAAAAGGUUCUGAGAUUGUCCUUCGAUGAACAUAAAUCUUCACAUGUGGCACUCGGUGGACUUCAGACCCCGCUAUACAGUCGACAGAUGAUGGUGGAAAUAUUAAUCAGAACUCGUUAUUUACCCCUUGAGCCUCAGGGACAUAAAUAAGGAAGGCAUUCUAGUAAGCCAGAGCUUGUUGAGAAGGAGUAUGCAGUCUAUGUUUAGAAUUCUUAUAAAAGGUAUGGGUGUAAUGAACAGAGAAGGUUAUCAAGAGAAGGAAGAAGAUAAAGUAAAUCUUUUGGACGAAUGUGAACAGUAUGAUAUCAGAGAUCAACAGGAGGAGAACACUUCAUGUGAUGAAGGUACUUUUGCCUCGACAUUUGAGACAUUUUGGAACAUCUGCAACACAAUUCAAGGUUUACCAAUCUUGGUCAUACCUUACGCCGUGAAAAAUGGUGGCUACUUAGCCAUACUUACUCUUUUGCUAGUCGCUGCUGCCUCUAAUUAUACUGGGAAAAUCAUUGUUCGGUGCCUCUAUGAAACCGAUCCAAAGAGCGGUAAACGAAAAAGGGUCCGCGGUUCCUAUGCAGAUGUCGGCAAUGCUUUCCUGCCAAACAUAGGAGGUCAUCUCGUCCUUGCUACUCAGUUUAUAGAGUUGCUUUUUGUUACAGCAGUUUAUCCUCUUUUGGUCGGUAAAUUAAUUGCAAGAUCGUUUCCCCAUGUUGCUUUUCCUUGCUGGCUCUGCACACUCAUUGGCGGUAUACUUUUUGUUCCAAAUGUUUUUCUUAAAAACCUUUCUCAGGUGGCAUGGACAAGCAUCUUAACGGUACUUUCCGCUAAAGUUAUUUUUGUCACCGUUGUUACGUACAGCUUAUUGCAUGUACAAAAAUGGGAAAUAAGCUCCUUGGAAAAUUUCGACGCCAGUACAUAUCCAUCAGCUUUAGGAGUCCUUGUAGCAAGUUAUCUGUCGCAGCCAUUUGUAUCACUAAUCGAAGGUAGCAUGCGCCACAAGGAAAAGUUCAACUCAGUGAUUAAUUUGUCUUAUGUAGCGAUGACAUUACUUAAUGUCACCAUUGGAGUAGUCGCUUACAUUUCAUUUGAAGUCGAUACGGCUGAAGUUAUAACAAAUAGCUUGCCAGAGGGUUCAUUCCGAGCAGCAGUGAAUGUGAUGGCAGCAGUACUGUCCUUCACGUCUUACACACUGCCAAUGUUCACCAUAUUUGAGAUCAUUGAGAACUCCUCUCUGUUUUUCUUUCCAGGAAGCUAUGGUAAAUCAAUCUUCACUCCGUCUGUAAUUACAUUUCGUUUGUUAAUGGUAUCUAUCAGUGUAAUUUUUGCUGCUGCUUUCCCUUCCUACACUUAUAUAUUGGCCCUUGUGGGAAGUAUCGCUGGUAUUAGCUUGGAGUUCAUAUUUCCUCCCUUGUUUCAUAUGAAGAUGUACUUCCAGGACAUGACAUGGUGUAACAUUGUGGUUGAUAGUGUUGUGGUAGUGGUUGGUGUUAUUGUGAUGGUCACGGGAACUAUAUCCUCUCUUCUCUCCUUGAUUGAAGUUUACAGUCGACCAGGUAAUGGUGUAUGUGCUUGAAGAGGCAGCUGACAGAUUGUAAAAGUUCUCACGGUGUUGUUAUUGCUGGCUUUAAGUCAAGAAAAAUGGCACAGAGAGACAAAAGGGCAUAGCAAGGUUGCGUCCUUUGAUAACUUUCCAGCUGUUUUUCAGAUAUUCGUUCCUUAGUGUAUUCAUUAGGGGCAAAAAUAAAUGGAAUUCUCGGUGAAACAUAGCUUACAACAAUAAAUGUAGGUUUGUUCAAUUUUUUUUCCCCUCUUCAUGUUUAAAAUCUUCUCUGUUCCUCGCCAAUUCUGCGUUAACCAAGCCAGUCAAAUCAGUCCUUUUCGGUUUCUUAGUUUUAAAAACCUUUAUUGACAUAUUUUGGAAUAAAUUUCCCUGUGCAACGGGCCUAAACGAGCCUAAAUUAAGGUAUAAAAUUUAGAGGGCUGCUUUCACUGCAAAUGCUUUGUUCAACUUUGUAUCUAUUGGUGGCAAUUUAUAAGCGUAACCAUUUAUUUUCAAAUUAGCAUUUAUUCAUGUAAGAUGUUAUUCCAGAUACCAUUGCAUAAUUCAGCUUAAAUAAAGUAAUAGUGCAUUG